UCAGCCUCUACCUCAAUCUCUUCGCCGAACUUGGCAGCCAAACGCGGAACAUCGACGCCGAACUCCAGGUCCUUUCAUCUUUAUGCUCCAGUAGACCAGUGCACUCCAGUGCUCGACGACGACUACUGACAUUUCCAGGCGGCUAACAUCACAGUAUCGCAUAGCUUUGGCGUCUGAGGCUCGUUUGAGCCUCAUCCUCUCCGAUCAUUCAAAUAUGCGUCCACAGCCUCUGUGUUUAUUAGAACUAUUCUACUCCUCCAACGAUAUCAAAACAUGUCCUCUCCAACAGUCACCACCAACCUAAUUAGCAUCAACACCAACAGUACCAGUCACAUCCCAAAGACUUCCUCAGGUCUACCACGCAUACCCUUCGACCUCCGCGCCCAUAAGACCGGCAUCAUCAUCACCUGGUCCAGCAUCCUACUCACCUCAUGCCUCCUCCCCAUCCUGGGCUAUUUCCUGCUCCGCUACAAAACCUCGCUUGAGCUGACCGUCGUCUUCGCCAUCAGCACCUCACCCUGCGGCGCCGUCUCCCUCUUCUCUCUGUUCAGCCGUACCUACGCCCUCUUCCGCAAAGACUCCACCUGUCGGCCCCUCCCCUCCACCAGUUCCACCACACCCUCGCGCGGCGACACCCCAGGGCGCUGGCACCUCGACAACUUCAACUACAACUUCGCGUUCUGUUUCGCUAUCAUCACCAUCAUACUCUCAACGGCCAUCUCCCACCAGCCCACGUCCAACAUCCGUCUCAUCUCGGUCCCCAUCGCCGUCCUGCUCCUGCUCGUGUGCAGCCAGCUCGUCCUCGUCCCGCUGCUCAUCGCGCUGGACGUCAGAGCGCCGUUCCGCUUCUCGUCGCUGGCAGCGGGCGAGCGGCUCCGCCCUGCGACGUUCAUCAUCGCAGAGGACGUCGUCGCUGUCGAUGGCGGUGGCGGAACCGAGUUCAGGAGGCGGUGGAACGAGAGGUACGACGCGAGCGCCGAUUUUAGGAGGUUGAUGGUGAGGCUGGAUCUACUGUGGGGGUUCAGCGGGUUGGCGCUCGCGGGCGGGAUUUUUGGGGUGGUUUUUGGAGUGCAGGAGGAGAAUGUUGGAUACGUUGUUGGCUGGGGAGCGCCGUGGGUCUGGGCUGCGGGUAUGGCCCUCGUGACGUUGCGGAUGACGACGGCAACACUGAGGCGUGAGGAAGGCGGGGAAGGAUGGGCUUGUUAGAAGUAAUCGAGGCUCGAUCGCGAUGAAUGGGAAACAUUGACAACUCUGCUAUCAUUAUUAUGGACCUAAUGAAGCGAAGGGACAACUUUUUAUCCAACAAUACGAGGGGACUCUAUUAUAGUUUACCUAACCUAAACGAAGGCUAGUAGUCGAUGCAUCAG